AUGCAGGUCUCUAUCGCCUGCACCGAGCAGAAUCUGCGGAGCCGCAGCACAGAGGAGCGGCUCUGUGCGGGGGGGCGCGGGGUGCUGGCCCAGGGGGGCCCGGGGAAUGGGGGGCACCAGCCCCCUAAGGGGGCCCGGGGGCUGGUGGCCGUGGCGGGGCUGCGAGCACCCGGCCAGAACCUGCCCCACAUCGCGUUCCUGCUGCGGGAGUCCACCGGGCUGGCCACAGGAAUGAAAUACAGAAAUCUGGGUAAAUCCGGGCUCCGUGUCUCCUGCCUCGGGCUUGGCACCUGGGUGACGUUUGGCUCCCAGAUCUCAGACGAGACGGCGGAGAACGUGAUGACCAUCGCCUACGAGAACGGGGUCAACCUCUUCGACACGGCCGAAGUCUAUGCUUCUGGCAAGGCAGAAAAAACUCUGGGCAACAUCCUGCGAAGCAAAGGCUGGAGGCGAUCCAGCUACGUUGUCACGACCAAGAUCUACUGGGGUGGCCAGGCAGAGACGGAGCGGGGCCUCUCCCGGAAGCACAUCAUUGAGGGGCUGAGGGGGUCGCUGGAGCGGCUGCAGCUGGACUACGUCGAUAUCGUCUUCGCCAACCGCAUGGAUGCCAACAGCCCCAUGGAAGAGAUCGUGCGGGCCAUGACUUACGUCAUCAACCAGGGCAUGGCCAUGUACUGGGGCACCUCGCGCUGGAGCGCCAUGGAGAUCAUGGAGGCGUAUUCAGUGGCCCGGCAGUUCAACCUCGUGCCGCCGGUGUGCGAACAGGCCGAGUACCACAUGUUCCAGCGCGACAAGGUGGAGUCGCAGCUCCCCGAGCUCUACCACAAGAUCGGUGUGGGUGCCGUUACCUGGUCCCCCCUGGCCUGCGGCCUCAUCACCGGCAAGUAUGAGGAGCGGGUCCCCGAGAACUGUCGGGCUGCCAUCAAGGGCUAUCAGUGGCUGAAGGAGAAGCUGCAGAGCGACGACGGGCGGAAGCAACAGGCCAAGAUCAAGGAGCUGCAGCCCAUCGCCGAGCGUCUGGGCUGCACCGUGGCCCAGCUGGCGAUCGCCUGGUGCCUGCGCUCUGAGGGCGUUAGCUCCGUCCUGCUCGGGGUGUCCAGCGCCGAACAGCUGAUCGAGAACCUCGGAGCCAUCCAGGUGCUGGCCCAGCUGACCCCGCCCGUCAUUCAGGAAAUCGACGCCCUCCUGGGCAACAAGCCCAAUACGAAAAAAGAGUCCCGGGCGUAG